AUGGAUUCAGCAGUAGACGUCAACAUAAAUUUGCUAAUUCACCUUCGAUUUAUUAGUGCACGUAAAUUACGUACGCACCGUCGAGAGGAACGGUGGGCUGAUAAACAAUAUAAGAAGAGGGCAUUAGGUACAGCUUAUAAAUCAUCACCAUUUGGUGGUUCCUCUCACGCUAAGGGCAUUGUACUUGAAAAAAUUGGCGUGGAAGCCAAGCAACCAAAUUCCGCUAUUCGUAAAUGUGUUCGUGUUCAACUAAUUAAAAACGGAAAAAAAGUCACUGCUUUCGUUCCGAAUGAUGGUUGCUUAAAUUAUGUAGAAGAAAACGAUGAAGUUCUAAUCGCCGGAUUUGGACGUAAAGGGCGCGCUGUAAAAGAAUUAUCACAAAGCACAACAACGCCCACUCAAUCAGUGUCGGUUACCAAAAGCACAGAUGGCUUAUUAAAGUUAGAAGCUUUGGAAGUUCUACGUGGCUUGAAGUCUUCGUCAAAAAAACGGAUCUCAACAAAUAGUGAAUUCGAUGAUACGGAUCCUAACAUUCUUCUUCUUACGUAUAAAGUUUUUGCACAAAUUUUGUUCUCCAUAUUCGGAUUACGUCCGCCAUUUGCAGAACAUUUAAAUAUAGGAAAAAAACAGACUGCAGAGAUUAAAAACCCAAGACUGAAUAAAGCUGUAGAAUUAUUAGAGAAAGCAGCUUUUGAAUUUGAACAUGAUGGUGCACUGUUUACUCUUGGAGAAAUGAAUUUUUUCGCAAAAUAUUCUCAUCCACGUAAUUUGACUGCGGCUUUUCAUUAUUAUCGAGAAUUAGCAAACCGAUCAGGAAAUGCGACUGCGCAACAGAUGGUCGGCUUCAUGUACGCGACUGGUAUAGGUGAUGUAGUACAGCGCGAUCAAGGAAAGACUGCAGCUGAAAUGACGCUUGCGUACCGAUAUUUCACUGGUAUUGGUGUACCGCGAAAUUGUGAAGAUGCUGUAUAUUACUACAAACGUGUGGCGGAUAAAGCUAUUGAAUAUUAUAAAUCUGGUCCGCCUGGCGGUCGGCAACUUCCUCAUCCUAAAAUAAAAUUAUAUGAUGAGGAUGGUGGUGUGUAUGGAUAUGGGGCCAGUGGACCAGGCUCUGGUUCGUCAAGUAAACCUGGGGACCAAGGUGCGUGGGACGAUAUUUUGGAAUAUUAUCAUUAUUCUGCUAAGCAAGGUGAUACUGCAUCACAGUAUUGGCCCACUGAUACUUCUGUGACUGAUCCUUUAUCACCGAAUCAAAAACUUGCUAAUUUUGCGGGACAAGCCGCAGGGAUUUUAGGGCAAAUGUAUUGGCGUGGAGAGGGAGUUGUUCAAAAUAAUAAAACUGCACGUGAUUGGUUUAUAAGGGGAGCGAAAAAGGAAAAUGCUGCAUCUUAUAAUGGUCUUGGUUUGAUGCAUUUGGAGGGUUUGAAACACAAUGACAAAGAUAUAGUUCCGGAGAAUCGUGAAACAGCCAUGGAACUCUUUAAAGCAGCGGCCUCCCGUGAACAUGCCGACGCACAAGUCAAUUUGGGUUUAAUGUAUUUGCGCGAUUGGCUUCAUUCACCAUUUCCUGCAGCAUAUGCAGCAUACUCUUCUGGUGAUCGUGAUGAUGCGUUAAUUAAUUAUUUAAUAGCGGCGGAGAGAGGAUACGAAGUCGGACAGUCAAAUGUCGCUUGGUUAUUAGACAAAGAUCAAUCACGUGAUAAAUUGGCCCUUCUUUAUUGGACACGGUCAGCAAAUCAAGGCAAUGUUGACGCACGAGUAAAGAUGGGUGACUAUUAUUUCAAAGGAUUUGGUACCGAUGUAGAUUAUGAAAAAGCUGCAGCUUGCUACCAAGUUGCUGCAGAAGCAGAUUUCAGUGCCAUGGCAAUGUGGAAUCUCGGUUUUUGGGACUUUAUUACCGGAAUUGAAACAGCUAGAAAUGAGGAAGAAUCAUUUAAAGGACUAUUGUGGAAAGAUCCAUCUUUCAUUGAUGAUGAUGAAACAGGUGGGUCUGUAGAACAUGUUCAGAAUAUGGCAAAAGAUGAGGAGCAAAAGAAAUCAGACGAUUAUUUAAGUUCACUCUAUCCAGAUAUUUUCGACGAGGCCGAUGAAAGGGAAGCUUGGUUUGAAAGUUUAACGAUAUUAUUGAUGUGUAUUAUGGUAGGAUGGCUAGUUUAUAUUCGGCAAUUACGGUGGAAUCAUGCUCAACCAGCUGUUGCUGCACCAGGUUAA